CUAGAUCAGCGCUCUGCGUCUAACAAAACGUCUCGCGAGAUGUCAUAUUUUAUUGAUUUGAAACAUGGCGUCGGAAGGAGAGGCGGCCAAUGCUUCUGUUGUUGAACCAGAGACCGGGGACGGUGAUGCUGGAUUUGGGGACUUGACAGGCAACCUGGAGACUGAGUCAUCGAAUGGCAAAGAGGCCAUGGAUCCGGGUAGUGAGGGUUUGGAGGCAGCUGACACCCAGACAGGUUCUGGGGACGAGGAGAGCGGCAGGCACCAGGGAGAGGUGGAGCUGCAGUGUGCUCUCUGUAUGAAGUGGUUCACCGCUGACACCUUCAGCAUUGACACCGCGACGUGUCUGCCUUUCAUGACCAACUAUGUUUUCCAUUGUAACGUGUGUCAUCACAGUGGCAACACCUACUUCCUCCGGAAACAAGCCAACCUGAAGGAGAUGUGUCUGACUGCUCUGGCUAACCUCACAUGGAGCUCCAGGACUCAGGAGGAGCACCCCAAGACUAUGUUCUCCAAAGACAAGGACAUCAUCCCGUUCAUUGAUAAGUAUUGGGAGUGUAUGACCACCCGACAGAGACCUGGAAAACUUACAUGGCCCAACAACCUAGUCAAGACCAUGAGUAAAGAGCGGGAUGUGUUCUUGGUGAAGGAGCACCCAGACCCAGGCAGUAAGGACCCAGAGGAGGACUACCCCAAGUUUGGCCUGCUGGACCAGGACCUGGGCAACAUUGGACCGUCUUACGACAACCAGAAACAGACCACCACUGCUCCCACUCCUGGAGGGCUCAACGGUGGACCUUCUUUCUCAGGUGGUCUGGCCCCUGGCCCAGGUAAAGGUAGAGGAGCCAAGCGUAAGCAGCAGCAGCAACAACAGGAGGGCGCCACAGCUGGAGCAGCUAAGAGAACACGCAGUGACCCUCUGUUCUCGGCCCAGCGUCUUCCUCCCCAUGGCUACCCUCUGGAGCACCCCUUCAACAAAGAUGGCUACCGCUACAUCCUAGCAGAGCCGGACCCCCACGCCCCCGACCCAGAGAAACUAGAGCUGGACUGCUGGGCUGGGAAACCCAUCCCCGGAGACCUCUACAGAGCCUGUCUCUACGAGAGAGUACUGCUAGCCCUGCACGACAGAGCCCCACAGCUGAAGAUCUCAGAUGACCGUCUGACAGUGACAGGGGAGAAGGGUUACUCCAUGGUCAGAGCCUCCCACGGUGUCAGGAAAGGAUCUUGGUACUUUGAGGUCUCCAUCGAUGAGAUGCCCCCGGACACCGCAGCCAGACUGGGCUGGUCUCAGCCUCUGGGUAACCUGCAAGCCCCCCUGGGCUAUGAUAAGUUCAGCUACUCAUGGCGUAGUAAGAAGGGGACACGGUUCCACCAGUCUGUAGGGAAACACUACUCCUCAGGCUACGGACAGGGAGACACGCUGGGCUUCUUCAUAGAACUACCAGACGGCACUGAGACAGCCAAGGCACUGCCGGACACUUACAAGGACAAGGCGCUGAUUAAGUUUAAGAGCUACCUGUACUUUGAGGAGAAGGACUAUGUGGACAAGGCAGAGAAGAGCCUGAAGACUGUUACCCCCAGCAGGAUGCUGUUCUAUAAGAAUGGGGUUAACCUGGGUCUGGCCUAUGAAAACCUGUUUGAGGGGCUCUACUUUCCUGCCAUCUCUCUCUACCGGGGCUGCACGGUUUCAGUUAACUUUGGACCACUUUUCAAACACCCUCCAAAAGACAUCAAGUACCAGCCAAUGAGUGAUAUGGGCUGGGGAGCAGUGAUCGAACAUACACUGGCUGACAUGUUGUAUCACGUAGAGACGGACGUGGACGGACGGCGUAGCCCUCCCUGGGAAGGAUAAACGCACACCUCCAGAGAUCAACACACACACAGAUGGCCAGUUGUGUUUGGAAAGGCAUGGAGGAGUCCAUUCCAUCAUUUAUAGGUGGGUUGAUGUCAACCUGAACAUGAACACUUUGCAGUCUCUCUGUGGUGUCCCUUAAACAUUGUCAUUGGUAACUUAAAUCAGCUGUACCCUUCUAUUGAACAAGAUGUGUGUGAUCUAAAAUGAGACUUGCUUGUCUGAACAACUCUUUUUGGUGUAUGAAGCACUUUAGGUGUUCCAGCACUAUAAAAUAAUGUAUGUAUGGACAAGUUUGGUGUAUGAAGCACUUUAGGUGUUCCAGCACUAUAACAUAAUGUAUGUAUGGACAAGUUUGAAAUUCAUUAUCCAUUUUUGUCAAACACCCCAGAUAUUCUUAGUUCCAGAUAUUAUUUCUUCAAGCAUAUGAACAUAUUCUGUUUCUGUUCAUUACCUGCCAGCUGGUCUCAAGCUAGGGUUCCAUACUAUUGGCCACAGAUCUUCAUGCAAAUAUGAUAAAAAUCUGACUGGUUGCGAAUUAGUCUGCGUGACGACGUAGUGCACAUAAAAAUAACUUUUGUGGUUAAAUUCCUAUGUACCGAAUAAAAAAACAAAAUCAAGUUAAAUGGGUUUUGCAUUUUCAACUCUACUGAUGGUUUUGUCACAGAACAAAUUGUGUUACGUAGUGAAUGUGCCCAUUCAAGUAUUUGCAUGUGCGGUCCAGUCAGCAGCUCGCACAUACAGUGUGGGUAUAGUCUAUAUGUGAGAUUAUUAUGAACAAAAGUGCAAGAUUAUUUUGAAUUUGUCAAAUGGCAUGCCUCAAUCUUCAUGUCACCAGAAUAAGACCCUCGAUAUGUAUUGGAAAGGAGCACCAAGCUUAUCACCUUCCACUUUCACCACGCUGUGAAGUUUACCAUCAUUUAUUUCAUUUGUAGCCUAAUAAACUUCAUUCUUUCCCUAGUCGUAGUGUGAGGACCACACACGUCAUCACGUGACUCUCAAAUUUACUUCGAUAUGAUGGUUAUUAUAUCAAUAUUUGCCCAUGAAAGCAUUUCCACCGCCAUUACUCGCAUAGUUCAGACACAAAAAAUAUCCCACCUUGUCUAAUGUGUUUUGUUUUGUCGAUAUUUGUAAAGUUUACCAGCAAAUUUGCUGUUUCCAUCAGGCCUGAUGUGACAUUUUUUACCCAGCGUACUUUACGAGCAUAAAAAGGUUGGAUAGAAACCUGGUUACAGAUGUGAAAUAUUAAGGUUUGGUCUUGUUUUAACAAUUUACUUUUGUUUUACUUUCAUGCUGGUUUUAAUAAAGUAAAGUUUUGGAAA